CGAGGUGGCAGCGCUGUGCACUAAGCCCCUAGGGGUAACGUCACUCCCCUGGCAUAUCAGCCCCUGUCCUCUAGUCGUCCACCACAUCACCACAGAGAACGUCAAGAUCGCAUCCAUCUUCAACUAGAAAUGGUUUACAAACUACAUCUGACCCAGGCAAUCCUCCCCGAUUCCGUGCGUAUCGGUAAGGAGUCAUUCAAAUGCUCCGGUAUGCAUGCAGGCUAAAGCGUAUUCUUGUGAAUUUGGGAAAGGUCAUUUAAAGUGGAAAGUGCGUCUGCGUCGAGUAGGCUAUGAUUUGUGACAAAGGAAAUAUAAAGAAGAGGAAGCUACAACAGUAACUUCAGGUCUCAUUGCGAAAGCGCCUUUAUACAACACCACGGAAUAAUCAUGCCUGUUCGGAGAGGUCACGUUGCGCCACAAAAUACAUUUCUUGGAAUAAUAAUACGGAAAUUCGAGGGACAGAAUAGGAAAUUUGUUAUAGCCAAUGCCCGGGUACAGAACUGUGCGAUCAUCUACUGUAAUGACGGCUUCUGUGAGAUGACCGGCUAUUCCAGACCGGAUGUCAUGCAGAAGCCAUGCACCUGUGACUUCCUCCACGGCGAGCACACUGACACACAUGCCAUCAGCCAGGUGGCCCAGGCUCUCAUGGGCUCAGAGGAGCGCAAGGUGGAAAUCACAUAUCACCGCAAAGAUGGGUCAGACUUCCAGUGCUACACUCACAUAAUCCCGGUGAAGAACGAGGAAGGCGUAGUGAUGCUGUUCAUCCUAAACUUUGAUUACGUCCUUGAGGAAGGAAGCAGCGACUCGACAGAGAAACUGAACCACACAUCCCCGGAAAGAACUGAUUCCGGAAAGGGACGAUUCUUCCGAUUCCGCCAGGCUGCCUUGAGUCUGGUCUCCAACAAACAGUCUCUUCCACAAGAGGACCCAGAUGCCGUCAUGGUGGACUCACCCUCCUCCUCGGUGGCUCUGACCAAUUUCCAGUCGCCUCCGACCAAGGAAAACUGCAGCCCCACCAAUGCCAAAGACACACGGGCCCUCAUCAGCUCCAGCCACCACUCCUCCCAGGCCAGUUUGCAUGGACCUGGACCCCUGAGCCACUCCUCUCCCAAGCAGUACCCCUGGGAAAGGCUGUACCAGACGGAGGCGCACCAAUCCACCACCUGCCUGGCACACACCAUCUCCAGAGGCAGCAUCAGCGGGAGCAGCAUGAGGCGAGCGUCCUCCGUCCACGACAUAGAAGGCUUCAGCAACUCCAAGAGCAUGUUCAGGGACCGACACGCAAGUGAAGGUCCGUUCAAUCAUUUCAAGUCCAGUUUGCUGGGCUCCACCUCGGAGUCCAACAUCAACAAGUACAGCACCAUCAACAAGAUCCCGCUGAUUGCGCUCAACUUCGCAGAGCGGAAUAACGAAAAUAAGGCACAAUCUCCUCCAUCGUCAGAAAACACUAUCAUAGCACCCAAGGUCAAGGACAGAACGCACAACGUCACUGAAAAAGUCACACAGGUACUGUCACUUGGCGCUGAUGUCCUUCCAGAAUACAAGCUCCAGACUCCACGCAUGGACAGAUUCACCAUCCUCCACUACAGUCCCUUCAAAGCUAUGUGGGACUGGCUCAUCCUGCUGCUGGUCAUCUACACAGCCAUUCUUACUCCCUACUCUGCUGCUUUCCUACUCAAUGACCGCGAGGAGCAAAUGAGGCGCGAGUGUGGAUACUCCUGCAAUCCCCUGAACGUGGUGGAUUUCAUGGUGGACAUCAUGUUCAUCGUUGACAUUGUUAUCAACUUCCGAACCACCUAUGUGAAUCUGAACGAGGAAGUGGUCAGCCAGCCAGGGAAGAUUGCCAUUCAAUACUUCAAAGGCUGGUUCCUUAUAGACAUGGUGGCUGCGAUCCCCUUUGACCUGCUUAUCUUCGGUUCAGGAUCAGAUGAAACUACCACUCUGAUUGGCCUGUUAAAGACAGCCCGACUGCUGCGAUUGGUGCGUGUGGCCAGGAAACUGGAUCGUUACUCUGAGUAUGGAGCUGCUGUGCUAAUGCUACUCAUGUGCAUCUUUGCACUUAUUGCUCACUGGCUAGCCUGCAUAUGGUACGCCAUUGGCAAUGUGGAGAAGCCUUACCUGGAGCACAACAUUGGUUGGCUCGACAAUCUGGGGGUCUCCAUUGGCAAGAGGUAUAACUACAGUGACCCUAGUUCUGGGCCCUCCAUCAAGGACAAAUAUGUCACCGCACUUUACUUCACGUUCAGCAGUCUAACCAGCGUGGGCUUUGGGAAUGUCUCCCCAAAUACCAACUCAGAAAAGAUCUUCUCUAUCUGUGUCAUGCUGAUCGGCUCCCUCAUGUAUGCCAGCAUCUUCGGUAAUGUCUCAGCCAUCAUCCAGCGGCUGUACUCUGGCACAGCAAGAUACCACACCCAGAUGCUCCGGGUUCGAGAGUUCAUCCGCUUCCAUCAGAUCCCCAACCCACUAAAGCAGAGACUGGAGGAGUACUUCCAACACUCCUGGACCUACACAAACGGCAUCGACAUGAACACGGAGGUGUUAAAAGGAUUCCCUGAGUGUCUUCAGGCAGAUAUCUGCCUCCACCUCAACCAGGAUCUGUUGGAGAGCUGCAAGGCCUUCCAUGGAGCUACCAAGGGCUGCCUGAGAGCCCUGGCCAUGCGCUUCCAGACCACCCACGCCCCCCCAGGGGACACCCUGGUCCACUCUGGAGACGUCCUCACCGCACUUUACUUCCUGUCUCGGGGCUCCAUAGAGAUCUUGAAGGAUGACAUUGUGGUGGCCAUUCUGGGGAAGAAUGACAUCUUUGGGGAAAUGAUUCAUCUGUACUCCAAGCCUGGGAAGUCCAAUGCGGACGUCAGAGCCCUGAGUUACUGUGACCUGCACACGAUCCAGAGGGAAGAUCUCUUGGAGGUGCUUGACAUGUACCCUGAGUUCGCAGAUUUUUUCCGGAAAAGUCUGGAGCUGACAUUCGACCUCAGAGACGAGAAUGGCAAGGCUGCGUAUUCACACGCUAGUGAUUCCGAUCCAGAAGAUGUUAAGAGCACAAAGAGCGCAAGAAGAAUCUCCUUCACACCACAUCCAACUAAAGGAGGAAGCAACAAGGAAACGGAAAACAACUCGGAGAGGGAGUCCUACUCAGGACUAAAGAGAGCUUCAGUUGACCUGAAACACUCAGGGAAGGAGGAGCAGAGGUCCCUGGGGCCAGCCAUCCAGGGGUGUCCCUCGGUGGAAGACCCUGCACUGGGGCUCGACUCCAGUAACACCAGAGACAUCCAGGCACGAGACAGCAUGGAGAGAACUCCCUCUUGUGACAAUAACAUUGAUGUGUGCAAUGACAAAUGGGACUGCGAGAAGCCCCAAGACUACCUGGAUGAGUCAGCACAAUUGCAGGACCUGAGGGGCGAGGAUGACGACACCAGUGAAAUCACAUACGGAGAGGUCGAGCAACGCUUAGAUCAGCUCCAAGAGCACUUAAACAGGUUGGAGUCCCAGAUGACAUCAGAUAUUCAGACCAUCCUGCAGCUCCUGCAGAGGCAGUCUACCCUGGGACCUCCUGCCUAUAGCACUGUGACUGCCAGUCCAGACUAUCAAAGGCCUGCAGUUAGGGGUCAGCCAAUCGCUGCUUUGACCAGCAGCCAUUGCUUCAGCCAUUCAUCACCACAAUGUGACUCAGGGUUUUAUUGA